ACCACGGCCAGCGCCUCUCGGAGGCAGUUUCUGGGCUGCCGUUUGAAUAGGGCGGUUGUAAAGUUUCUUUACAAGGCAUUUUAAUUGACUUGCUCAGGGUCACACUGCAAAUACGGAGCUGGGAUUGAAAUGGCAUCGUUGCAUUUGAAGACGAGCACUUUAACACAACACCACUCUUACUGGCAGAAGCUCGGGCUUUGUGCAUUAAGAGGCUUAGUCUCCAAUAAGGACCCCGAAUGACUGAUUCCAACUUGUUCCACACACUCGAAAACCUACACAGCCUCGACAUGGAUUUGUCUGCACACCGAAUUGACCGGCAUAGUUUGAAUCCUGUCCACCUGGAAAAGCAGUAUACCUUUUCUUUCUCAAAAUUAUUGAUUAGCAGUAUAGUGGAAUGGUGGAAAGUUCACAUGCAGGAGUUUUGAUUUUAAGAGACAUGUUAAAAGUUAAUAUACUGCACGUGUAAUGAUUUACAUCAUAAUGGUUUAAUCGACCCGAUCAUAGUGGCAGUUAACAGGCUCUUCCCAGAAGUACCAAUUAACACAGCAGCAGGGUUGGACAUAAGCUGCUUUGUUUCUCACACCCUCACUCAGCUUCCUUCCCUAUUGGCCGAGGCUCGGACAGCUUCUCGCUGCUGAAUGAAUACCUCAGGAGGGAAAAAGAAAAGCAAACAAGAAAGGCAGCAUUUCUCUUUUAAUGUUUGUAAAGAGUUUCUUCCUACUGAUUUUAUUCAUUUCCAGCCAUGUCUUCUGGAGGGAUACACAUUACUUUCACAGAGCUGAUUCAAAAGAAAAGAGAUGGGAAAGAGAUGGGCAAGGAGGAAAUUAAUUUUUUCAUCAAUUCUGUCAAAAACAAGAGCAUCCAAGAGUGCCAGAUAGGUGCAAUGCUCAUGGCAAUUUGGCUAAAAGGGAUGACUACAGAAGAAACGUUGGCACUGACGCAGGAGAUGAUGAUGUCAGGAGAGGUUCUGCAGUGGCCAGCAGAGUGGAAGGAAUUUGUUGUGGACAAGCACUCAACAGGAGGUGUAGGUGACAAAGUCAGCCUACCUCUGGCACCUGCACUGGCCGCCUGUGGAUGCAAGGUGCCUAUGAUCAGUGGUCGAGGGUUAGCUCAUACUGGAGGCACUCUAGACAAACUAGAAUCUGUUCCUGGAUUUAAUAUUCAUCAGAGCAGUGAACAGGUUAAAAAAAUUCUACAAGAUGUUGGGUGCUGUAUAAUUGGACAGACUGAGAACCUGGUACCUGCUGAUAUGGUCUUGUAUGCCAUAAGGAAUGCCACUGCCACCAUUGACAGCCUGCCUUUAAUCACAGGAUCAAUUAUUUCAAAAAAGGCAGCAGAGUCACUUUCAGCUCUGGUCAUGGAUGUGAAGUAUGGGAAGGCAGCGUUCUACAAGGAUAUUAGCAGUGCCAGAGAGUUGGCACAGUCUCUGGUGACUGUUGGCAGUAAAUUGGGCAUACGCACUGGAGCCAUCCUUAGCAAGAUGAAUAAUCCUAUUGGGCAUUCCAUUGGCAACUCCUUGGAAGUAAUAGAAGCAAUUGAAUGCUUAAAAGGUAGAGGCUCUGCAGACCUGAGGGAGCUUGUUGAGUGUCUUGGUGGUUACCUGCUUUGGCUCUGUGGAAUGGCAAACACAAUAAAUUGUGGGAAGGAGUUAAUUGUCAAUACUCUGAAAAAUGGGCAGGCUCUUGACAAAUUCCAGGCCAUGUUAGAAGCCCAGGGAGUCGAACAAAACACUGCCCAUUUCCUUUGUAAAGGAGAACCAGAUUACUUUACAGUUUUUAGGCGAGCCCAGCAUCUUGCUGAACUUAAGACAGAAAAGGAAGGGACAAUACUGGAGAUUAGUGGCCUGACCUUGGCAGAGGUGCUGUGUGAGCUGGGAGCCGGACGUACAAAAGUUGGCGAAGUGAUCAACCACAGUGUUGGUGCCGAACUCUUAGUUUGUGUUGGUCAGUGUGUGAAGAAAGGUGACAGCUGGGUACGAGUACAUUAUGACAUUCCUGCUCUGAAAGAGGACCAGAUAGCUCGUCUGCAGGCAGCCCUCACUAUUGGGAGCAGCACAGAAUUUAAUGAUUCCCCUCUUGUUACUGAGUUCAUUUUGCCAAAGUGAGGAACACAACUCGAUUCUGGAGAGAGAAGAGACCUGAAGAUUGUUGCCAUGCUGCUGUAAACACUUUUUUGUAAGCUGAACAGAAUUCCACUUUCCAGGUUACAUAACGCAAUCUGAUAUAAAGUCAGAGAAAUUAAAAAAGGAUAAUCAGUAAUGUGCUUAUAGUAAGUAGUUUAAAAGUAUGUAACAAUGAUAAUGUAUGCAUUACAGAACACUUUCCAAGUAUAGAUGAGCUGUUCACACUACGUGAAUUUGAGUCAGGGACAGUGAUUGAAUCGAUGAUCGUGUGGCGUAAAUUUGUAGUGUUUUAGUCAUGAUGCCCAUAUGCUGUAUGUUUGUUAGUUAAGAGAUAAGAAAAUGUCUAUACUGAUGGAUAUUUCAGUAAUGCAUUCUGAGCCUGGAUAAGUGAACUGGGUGCAUGUGGACACUUCUCAGUUCCUUGAGGAAUGGGGACCUUUUUCUUAACAUAAACUUCCCACUGUUUUGGCUUUGAUAAAAUGACAGGUGAGCUACUAGGCAAAAGCAAGGACUAAAAAAUGAAUAAACUGGGUAAACAUACAAGUGUCAGAUGACAGAAGACACACAAAGCCAAAGUACCAAAACCAAAAUCAUCAACCAAAGGCAGAUAUAAUGGAAAAACAGACAAAAUUUCACCCUCUCUAAAAUAAUUUUGGUAACUAACUAAAUAUACUGAAGGAUUUUGGUUUAUCUAGAAACAAAGUGUGUCAGCUUAAAGAAUUGUACAGUAAUCCCUCGCUAUAUCGAGCUUCGACUUUCGCGGCUUCACUCCAUCGCGGAUUUUAAAUGUAAACAUAUCUAAAUAUAUAUCACGGACAUUUCACUUCAAAAAUUCUGCGGAUUUCUGCUGGCAGUGGGUCUUUUAAUUUAUGGUACAUGCUUCCUCAGUUUGUUUGCCCAGUUGAUUUCAAACAAGGGACG